AUGCCUUCACCUGUUGCGAAAGGUUUGAUCAUCACCGUUUCAGCGCUCGUCGCUGCGGGCAUAGCGGUCUAUGAAUCCCCCCAAUUCCGAGAAUGGGUCCAAAAUUCUCGCCGCAAGAUUGCACUGGCCUUGCAUAACCUGGGCGAUGAAAUCCACCCCAGGGAGUCGGCAUCUCCUCUCAGGGAGGACAUCUCCAUGACGGAGGAGGUGGGACCUGCCGCCGAAGAACGCAGGCGGAUCGCCCUCGAGGAAAUCCAGCGGAGAGCUUCUGUCCUUGAAGCACGUAAGAAGCGGAGACAGAGCGCUACAUUCGGGUCAUUCGAUGCCCUUGUUGAUGAGAAUGGAAAUCUCCUGAGAUCAGGAAGCCCAGAAGCGUCCGGUAGUGCUCUUGCGAACUCGACUGCCGUGGAACUCGCUCCGACGCAACUCGUGCAACGAGGAGUCAAGCAACCGGAUGUGUCGAGUUCCGCGAGUGAGGCCAAAGCAGCGGACCUGGUAUCUGACAAUGACAAGCUGCAUAUUGACAUUCCAUCACCUAGCAACCGUUCUGUCGCUCUUGUCGAUCUUACCCCUACUUCCGAUGCUACAGAUACCGACAUCUUUGCUUCAGUUCAUAACAACCUCGAGGAAGUUGAUCAAUCUGCAGUAUCCUCUACAACAGAGCAGCACUCUUUGCCGUCGAGGCACACCGAAUCGCACUCUCAAGCCCCCUAUGACCACUUGGAUUCCUCUAUGACUGAGGCCGACUGCGAUUUGCGAUCGCCUUUCUCAGACUUUUCUGAUCUGAAUUCUACGACUUUCGAGCAACCAGGGCGUUCUGCUACUCCCUCGACCUCGGGUAGUUUCAGCCAUAUCUAUGAGUCUGCCGAGGACCGGUCCUCAGACGGCACAUUAAGUGACCUCGGAGGGCCUACAGAUGGCAUUAUCACCCCAGCCAGCUGGUCGGAGGUUGGUAGUGUAGCGUCGGAGCUGCUGGACACGAUGAGCCUCGGCUCCCGCUCGGCUCUGGUACAGACCAGUAGAUAA